AUGUUGUGGAAAUUUUUUUUUAUUUCUGUAUUAUUGUAUGGUGGCACAGGAUCUCAACCUGUUGCUGGCGGUCCUGAUGGGCCGGGUGGUGGUGGACCAGGUGGUGGUGGACCAGGUGGUGGUGGACCAGGUGGUGGUGGACCAGGUGGUGGUGAACCAGGUGGUGGUGGACCAGGUGGUGGUGAACCAGGUGGCGGUGGACCAGGUGGCGGUGGACCAGGUGGCGGUGGACCAGGUGGCGGCGGACCAGGGGGCGGUGGACCAGGUGGCGGUGGACCAGGUGGCGGUUACCCUGGUGAUAAUGGACUCGGUGGCGAUGGUCCGGGUGGUGGUGGACCUGGUUGGGGUAGACCAGGAGGCGGUGGAUAUGGUGACAAUGGACUUGGUGGUGAUGGACCGGGUGGCGGUGAAAAUGGUGCUGAUAGACCUGGUGGAUAUGGACCACCGAAUCCUGAUUAUGAGAAUGAACCUGAGACCCCGGAGCUUGAGUCUGAUGAAGAUGGAUUGGGAAUGGGAGAUGAAUACUAUGGUUCCACUGAAAGUGGAGCCGAGCUAACUGAUAUACCCCAAGCAGACGUCGAUGAUGCCUUAUUUUUAGAAUAUGGCGAGUAUUCCACUAUGAAGGAGGCGGUAGAACUGGCUCUGGCGCUGGAGGCCGCAGAACGGCACGCGGAGGUGAGCGCGGCAAUGUCUGCGCCUUCGACUUCAGGUGCAGGCGGUGAGGCAGGUGAAGGACUGCACAGUACGAGCGCGACUGUGCAGGCGAGGCGGGCGCCCACUGGCGGCGCCGGUCAUGGCAGUCGGCGCCGGGCACGUCCCUCUGGCAGGGCGCCUGGGGCGCAGCAGGUGACGGAGCAGCGCUGUUGGCGAUGUGGGUAA